GUGAUGAAUCCCCCAUUGUGAAGCAUCUUGAGCGUGAUCAUGCUGGAAAUAUUUAUGUAAUUGAUAUUGGUUUGGUAAUCUGAUGGAUAUGAAAUUGAUGACUGCAUCUGAAGAUAUUUAUGUAAAGAUGGCAGGGAAAGAUGUAGAAGCAAUUGUACAAAAAAGAUUGCCCAAGUUCAAGAAAAAGAAGCAAAAGAUUACCUCUGCUAUAAUCUGGGUGCUGUCUUUUGGAAUUUUGAUCUUAUGCUUGGCCAUCAUCAUUUAUAGAUGGGAGAUUCGUAAAAAAGGAAAGAUAAAAGAGAAAAGAGAAUCAGAUGCAAUAAAUAGUCAGCAUGAUGAGGAAGAUCUAGAAUUGCCCUUAUUUGGUAUAGAUACGGUUACUUCUGCAGCAAAUAAUUUUUCAACUGACAACUUAUUAGGAAGAGGUGGUUUUGGACCAGUUUAUAAGGUAAUUAAAUGGGAAAAAAAUUGUUGUCAUCCCUGUCUAGAAUGCAUAAUAUUCUUGAUAAAUUUUGUUUUCUUUUCUUUACAAGAUUCCCUAGUUAGUUGCUUUCUGGUGCUUAAGUUAGAUUAGGCAGUGUCCCAAAGAUAAAGACA